AUGACUGAUCAAACCCUGUUAGCCAAAGCUCGUAAAGCUCGAUUUGAUGAUUUACCCAAUUUUUCCGGACAUCCAUCGGAGGAUGUCGAACGUUUUUUAAAAAGCAUUAAAAAUAUCACAAAAGCUAAUGAUGAAUCAGAUAAUCCCGAAAUUCUCGAAAUUGUUCGUGGUAAAUUAACUCAAUCUGCUGGAAUAUGGUUCGACAAUAAUGAAUCUAUCUUUCAAAAAUGGUCAGAUUUCGAAACGGCUUUUCGAAAUCGUUAUUUUCCAACAACCUUAGCUCAUCAACACUUUGAUAAAUUAAAACAACGCAAACAACCACCUGAUGAAACUGUCACAUCUUAUUUUGACGAUGUUGUCAAAUUAUGUCGAGAAAUUGAUCCCGAUAUGUCCGAUAAGCUUAUUAUUCACCAUUUAAUGAGUGGACUUAAUCCUGAUUUUAAAAAGGAGCUCUCUCGACGCGAAUCAUCCAUGACUACGUUAAGCGAAUUUUUAAAAUAUGCAAAAAUUGAAGAAGAUUUAUAUGAUGCUUUUGAAAAAUCUCGUGCACUAUCACUACAAGCGCCACGCUCUUAUUUUAAUUAUGAUUCUUCAGCAGUUUCUUCUUUAACUACUCGAAUUAACCGUCCUACACCACGUUAUCAUAAUCUGCAACCCAAAAAUCGUCUUUCACAUUUACCAUACUCACAGCGGUCCGUUUCACCACGCAACUCGACUCCUGCACUUACAUCUCGCACAUUAAUACCUAAACAACAGCGAAUUCCCAAUUAUUCAUCACCAUCCAUAUUUAACAAAAAACCGAUUUCUUAUCCACCAACAUCACCGCCUCAAUUUUCCAAUUGUAAAGUUUGUGGUCGAACAAAUCACCGCACCAUUGAUUGUUUUUAUAAACGUACAACCGGAUGUUUUAAUUGUGGCCAACACCACAAUGCUCGAUCCGCCAUCUCCAUUAUUCACUCAAAUUUUCUCAAAACUAUUCGUCACCAUAAUUUUUUAUAUCGAACUCAUUUAUGUCAAACUGCUAAUUCAACACCUCUUAAUAUUAUUGGUCAAAUAAAAUUACAAAUCCAAAUUAAAUCUAUUAAAACUUAUGUUACUGCUUACGUUGCUACAAAUUUAAUUGCAUCAAUUCUUUUAGGUAAUGAUUGGAUUAAUUUGAAUCAUGUUCAUCUUUAUGGUGACCAGCAAAAAUUAACCAUUCCCGAUCCACAAGGUCAAUUAAUUUCACUUCCAUAUGUCGAACCUACUUCUCUUAAUUAUCCAGCAUUAUUAGUCCAUGACAUUACUCUCCCUCCAUAUUCACAAACAUUAGUUGAUAUUACAUGUCAAAUUAAACAAGCAAAUAAUCUUAUAUUUGAACCUUAUGAACGUCAUAUAUCAACAUUUAUUUUCAUGCCACAUACAUUAUUAAAUAUCGCCGAAAAUCAAGCAAAAGUGUUACUAAUAAAUGCACAAAAUCGACGACACACAUUAUCAAAAAAUACACGAAUCGGAACCAUCUCCCGUGAUGCAACAUAUACUAUAUAUGCAACUACACCAAUUCCAACGAAGCAUAAUUCUGUUUUACAUGAACGUCCUCAAACAUCAACUCAACAUUGCAAUAAAUUGCAAUCCCGAGCUAUCUUACGAAAAAAAGACAACUCGAAUCAAGCACAAUUAAAUAUUAUUUGUCAUCAUUGCAAUGAACAUUUUUUAUCCGGUAAUGAUUUACAAAAACAUCUACGCGCAAAAUAUAUACUAUGGCGGCAUAAAAUAUUAUUCGACCCUACACCAUCAAUAAUAAAUAUAGCUCCACAAAUUGCAAUUAAAACUGGUGAUCACCCACCUAUCUAUUCAAAACAAUAUCCAGCUUCAUAUAAAGAUCAAGAAAUUAAAUUUCAAGAAACACAAAAAUUAUUAGAACGUGGUCAAAUUGAAGAAUCAACCUCACCGUGGUCAUCACCAAUCGUUCUUGUUAAGAAAAAAGACAAAACAAUGCGAUUUUGCAUUGAUUAUCGACGAUUAAAUGCUAUUACCAUUAAAGAUGCAUUUCCACUUCCUCGAAUUGAUGAAAUAUUUGAUCAAUUAUCCGAUGCCACGUAUUAUACAAAAUUCGAUUUCAAAUCUGGAUAUUUCCAGGUUCCUCUAUCGAAAGAGGACCGUCCGAAAACGGCUUUUUCAACCCGUGACAAUCAUUAUCAAUUUACAGUUCUUCCACAAGGAAUAACAAAUGGUCCAGCAACAUUUCAACGUGUUAUUAACCAUAUAUUGGGUCCUACACGAUGGAAAUAUGCAUUAGCAUAUAUUGAUGAUGUUAUUAUUUACUCCAACACAUUUCAAGAACAUUUAUCUCAUCUGAAUGAAAUUUGUCACAUAUUAAAAGAAGCUCGUUUCCGUCUUAAUCCAGAAAAAUGCGAAAUUGCUCGAACACAAACUGAUUAUCUUGGCCAUCGUAUACACAAUGGCGAAAUUCGUCCCAGUCCUACCAACAUACAUGGCUUAUUAAAUACAAAAUUACCACAAACUGCUAAUGAAGCUUGUAAAUUCGUUAAAGCUGCUGAAUAUUAUAGGAAAUUUAUUCCAAAUUUUUCUCACAUUGCCGAACCACUUAGAAAGUUCGUCCCAACUACACGGACUCAACAAAAGAAAGGACAGAAAACUCCAAUUACGUUCACCAAUGAAGAAGUUACAGCAUUCGAACAACUCAAGCAUUACCUUACAACUGAUUUAGUAUUACGUCUUCCGAACAACAGAUUCCCUUUUAAAGUUCAAACAGAUGCUUCUGAUGAGGGAAUCGGUGCAGUUUUAUCACAACUCUAUCCAGAAGGCGAUAGACCCGUCGCAUAUUUAUCUAAGAAAUUUACUCAAGCACAACGUAAAUGGUCUCCAAUGGAACAAGAAUGUUAUGCAUUUAUUUGUGCAUUAGACAAAUGGCAUAAUUAUUUAAGCGGAAUUAAAUUUGUUUGGGAAACUGAUCAUAAAGCAUUAACACAAUUAAAUCAAAAAGCUCAAAUUAAUAAACGAUGCGAAAGAUGGCGAUUAAAAAUUUUAGAAUAUGAUUUCAAGGUGAAAUACAUUCCAGGUUUAACAAAUUCUAUGCCUGAUUAUUUAUCAAGAUCUCCAGUUGACGAUGCUGAAGAAGAUCCUGAUGAAAUUCCACAUCUUAUUUCAAAAUCAACACAAACCGAUGUUUUACAUGUUAAUAAUCAUUCAUCUAUCGUUGCAGCUGUUCAAACUCGUGCUAUGAAAUUACGAAAUCAAACUUUAAAUGAUAUUACCAAUAUACCAAAAUUUACAUCAGAUUCUCUAAAUACUUCUACUGAAGAGAAUCGUAUUAUUCCAUUUUCAAUUGAAGAAUUAAUACAAGCUCAACAAAAUGAUAAUUAUGCAAAAAAUAUUCUCAAUAAUAUCAAGAAAUACAAAAAUUAUAUUAUAAAACAUAAUCUUUUAAUGCGAAAAUUAAAUCAUCCUGUUCCUUAUGUACCACAAGGUGAUUUUCGAAAAACAAUUUUACAAAUUUAUCAUGAUACUGCAGCAAAUGGUGCUCACUUCGGAAGAGAUAAAACAAUACAUAAAAUUAAACAACGUUAUUUUUGGCCAUCAAUGUACAAAGAUAUUAAUAAUUAUAUUAAAUCAUGUAUUCUAUGUGCUCAAUUUAAUCCUCGUCGACAAAAAAAUCCUGGUACUUUAAGACCUAUUAAAGCUCCUGAUGGAGUAUGGCAAUUAGUAUCAAUGGAUUUUCAUGGACCUAUUACUCCAACAUCUCAACGUGGAAAUAAAUAUAUUAUAUCUCUUACUGAUGUUUUAUCGAAAUUCGUCGUUACAAAGGCUGUGCGUGAUAAUACAGCUCAAACAGUUGUUAGAUUUCUUAAAGAAGAUAUUAUUUCAAAAUUCGGUACUCCGAAAUGUAUACUUACAGACAACGGAACACAUUUUACUUCAACAUUAAUGAAUGAAUUAAUUAAACAAAUUGGAACAACACAUUUAUAUUCAACACCAUAUCAUCCUCAAACGAACGGACAAGUUGAAAGAUACAAUUCAACCAUGGAUGCAAAAAUUGCAGCAUUAUCCAAUCUACGCAAAACAGAUUGGGAUGAUCAAUUACCAUUUGUUACAUUCAAUUACAAUGCUUCAAUUCAUUCCUCGACCAAGCAAAUACCUUUCGAAAUGAUGUAUGGUCGAUCGCCUGUUUUACCAUUUGAUCAUCAAGAUACAAAUGUUACCCUUUCGCACGAUUCUGAACAUGUGAAAAAGCUUAGUCAAUUUUUAUCACAAUUAAAUGAACAAGCCAAAAUUAAUAUUACUAAGAAUCAAGACCGAUAUAAACAACGCUAUGAUGAAAAUCGUUCUGAUCCAUCCUACAACAUCGGUGAUUUGGUUCUGGUGAAAACACUCCACAUCCGUUAUAAAUUCGAUACUCGUUAUGAAGGACCAUUUAGAAUUAUUCAAAUAAUUACACCCAAAACAUUUAUCGUUCAACACGUCAAAAAACUCACAUUAUAUCGUCAAGUUACAACUGACGUGUUAUUACCAAUAUUUGAACGAAUUCAUUCAUUAUAG